AUGAGCAAUGCCGCCAAACCUUCAAAGUUCAAGCCAGCACUACCCGCUUUCUCCACGUCAGGUUAUCAUCGCAAGGCGCCUCGGCCCAGUGGCUCAAGCGAAACUAUUGAUAUAUCCAACGAUUCCAUCUCGUCACCUCCUAUAAAGCGUUCCUCGUCAGACUCGCGUCUUACCGCCGAUGCUCAGCCACCCACCAAGCGGCGCAAGGCAGAGAAGGAGAACCACUUUGAAGGCUUGCCUCCGACGUCGAACGACAACAAAGGAAAGGGCAAGGCUCGAGCUGUGGACGCCUCUCCACCCACCGCGUCUACACUAAGCCUCCCAACCGGGUUUACUGACAUUGAAUCUAUGACGAGCUCCCACCUCCAAGAGAUGCUCUUAUGGCUUCACGACUACAGUCGCAGCAACAUGGAUCUAAUCGUUAGAUUCCACUCCGCUAGUCGCAAUGCAGAGGAGGAUGACGACUCGAAGGCAGACAUCUUCCUGCUCGAAGCAAUCAAGAAAUUUGUUGACGCCCGAAUCGCUGCUGUCAAGGCGGCCACACGGAAAUCAGACAAAGCUCGGGACCAGCCUCAUCUUCCUUCUUCAGCCAACUCUGCGUCUUCCUCCAACUUACCAAUUUCACGCUCAACGAUCGUGCUGGAGGAAACAUCCUUUGUUUCAUUCGCUAGCACAUCGGCGAGUAGAACCCGCACUGAAAUACAGGCUUCGAGUUUUUCGUCAACCGCCACAAUUGAUGUUGACUGCGACGAUGGACUGUGGGCUGACGUUGAUGAUGUAACAAUGGAAGACCUCGAAGACAACUCCCAGCUGGACCGCAACCGUGGCCCACCUGCAGAGACAAGCUCGUAUAUCAAGGACAGUCCUUAUACCUCAGAGAUUAUGAGCAAGCUUCAUUUGUUCGGUCUGGAGAAGUUUAGACCAAACCAGUCGGAAGCGAUUCACGCUGCCAUGAGUGGGGCAGAUGUCUUCGUACUUAUGCCAACGGGAGGCGGGAAAAGCUUGUGCUAUCAACUACCAGCAGUCUGUCAAGGUGGCAAAACGAAGGGCGUCACAAUUGUCAUUUCGCCUCUAUUAUCAUUGAUCAACGAUCAAGUCCAGGCGUUGAGAGAGAAAGGCAUCAUAGCGGAUAGUCUGACCUCUGAGACUCGUGAAGGAGAUAACAAAGCGGUUCGGUCACGAAUCUAUGGCAACGACAAGCCAUCACUCCUCUAUGUUUCCCCAGAACGGCUUCAAAUUAGCGAAAGUCUCAAAAACACGCUAGCCUAUCUUCAUCAACGUGGAGAGUUGGCUCGCUUUGUAAUCGACGAGGCGCAUUGCAUCUCGACAUGGGGUCAAGACUUUAGGGCUGCAUAUCAAGAGCUGGGCAAACUCCGAGAAGAUUUCCCUGGUGUUCCCAUAAUGGCGCUUACGGCAACGGCAGAUGAACGAGCCAAAUCCGACAUCCUUCAUGGUCUGAAGCUUGAAAAGCCUGCGAUCUUCGCGCAAUCAUUUGAUCGACCCAACCUUUUCUACCGCGUCAUCACGAAGACAAAUGCUGAGGAGUUAGCCAAAUACAUCAACCAAUCGCACCCAGACCAAAGCGGAAUCAUAUACUGCCGCUCUAGAGAUGGGUGUGAAAAGCUAGCCAACCAGCUCAGGACCAAAGGACUAAAAGCGAAGCAUUUUCAUGCCGGACUAGACAAGACAGAAAAGGAAGCGACUCAGAACGAAUGGAAGCGUAAGCAGGGGCACAUCAUUGUUGCUACGAUAGCAUUUGGAAUGGGUAUCGACAAACCAGAUGUUCGCUUUGUGAUUCAUUUUGACCUCCCAAAGUCGAUGGAUGGGUACUAUCAAGAAACUGGUCGUGCUGGCCGUGACGGGAAGCCUGCAGAAUGCAUUCUUCAUUAUGCAUACCGCGACGUCCAACCCAUUCGGAAUAUGAUUCACAAAGAUCAGCAGACGACUCACGCUGCCAAAACCAGGCAAGACCAGGAUCUCAACGUCGUCGUCCGCUUUUGCACCAACAACACCGUCUGCCGGCGCACCCAAAUUCUCCAACAUUUUGGCGAGCGUUUUGACGACAGUCUUUGUCGAGGAAGGUGCAAUAAUUGUGCAGAGAAAGGAUCGCGAAUUCAGACGAACAUAACUGAAGAGGUCAAAACGGUCAUUUCAUUGGUGCAAACACUCGAGCGUGGCCAAGAAAAAGUCACUCUAGAUCAGUGCCGCAGUAUCUACAAAGGUUCAUCUGCUUCAGCCAUCAAGAAUAAGCAGCACGACAGGCUUCCCGGUUACGCUGCAGGACGGCACCUUCCGCCUGAGCUGCUAGAUAUAGUAUUCCACCAAUGCAUCCAUCUUGGCGUGUUGGAAGAAAAACCGGUGCAGAAUGGGAAAUGGCACCACAACUAUCUCAAGCUCGGCCCUCAAGCUGCAACAUUCCUUCGGGAGGAUAAAGAGACCCUGGUUGACUAUAAACCGAAGACACCGAAAUCAACAACGGCAGGCAAAAAAAUACAGGGACCUCGAAAGGGUCGAAAUGCUGCCGAUGCUGCUCCACAGAAACCACCUGAACGACUUCAGGAGUUGUAUGCCGACGACGACGAGAUCGAGUGGAGCCCCAAGAAAAGCAAACUCCCCGUGGUUGUCAAUGUGGUGGAUGUCGUUUCCUCCGAGUCCGAGGGCGAGAAUGUGGUGUCUGCUCCACCGAAAUCUAACGCUACUAUUGCUCCCCCGAGACCCGUUCGCGCGACUGGGAGCCUACACAAUCAGCUCGUUGCUCAUCGCCAACUUCUUUUGACCCAAGAUCCUUCACUUUCCGCCGACGAGAUUUUGGAUGACAAUGCCUUAACCCGCAUCAGCGAUUGUUCUCCACAAGACUUCUUCGCGUUCAAGAAGGUUUUGCAGGACAUCUUUGAAGAGUUUGGAGCAGACUUGACAGAAGCCAAAGAUGAGGCGGAGACGCGCUUCAGGAGAUUUGGGAACGGAUUCUUGCAAAUCUGCCAAGGUCAAGCCGGCGAUAACCCCGCUUCCUUGCGGGACAAGUACGCUUUCAAGCCAGAGUCAGUCUCGACGCCCAUUGGCCAAAGGAAGUUCAAGUUCAAACCAGCCAAGGUUGCGUGA